GUGACAAUACAAUACCAACCCUGGCGGCAAGGCCAGCCGUAAAGCGAGCGGCAAUCAAAUGUCGCGCGCGGUCGCCUCGGAGGGAAAGGAGCUCGUGAGAAGCCACGCCUCUGACCCCUUUCUCCUUCCUCUCCCUCAGUCCUUCCUCGGGGCCAGUCAUAAAGUAAAACGACGCGAAGUGUCGCGCCUCGUCCCUGAUUCUGGAGCCGCGGCGGCCAGGCCUGACAGGAAACCUAGUCGCGCUUUACGGCCGCUGGAUGAGGAGGAGCGGAGAAAGGGAGCGGGAGGUGCCGCGGCUGCUGCUGCUGAAGGGACUUUGGGGACAUGGCCGAGGUACCGCCCGGGCCUAGCAGCCUCCUCGCUUCGCCGCCGGGAGCCGCCGCUGCGCUCCUCUCUCCCUUUCCGGGAACUGCUGAAGAGGAGGAGGAGGAAGAGGAGGACGAAGAGGAAGGAGGAGGAAGGCGCUCCUGCAGGGAGGAGGAGGAGGAGGAGGAGGAGGAGGAAGCUGAGGAGGAAGGCAUGCGGGAGGGGAGCCUGCCCCGCCGCCGCGUUUGCCAGCCCCAUCGCCACUACCAUCAGCUCAACGGGCUCAUCGCUGGGUCGGACUUGCGGCACUUGCGAAGCUCCCUGAAGGACAAGGUUUUAAGCAACAGCAACGAGAACCAGUGUCCGCCCAAUAGCAAGAAAAACAGCAAGGCCACCAUCACCACUGGCCCUGGCAAAACAAUGGGACACGGGCAGGAGCCCCAGCAUCCCUGUCAGGGAGGGGAACGGGAGACAAGUCCAUCUUCACCACUCAGCAACCACCACCAGGCCCCUUGCCCCCAGGCAAGGACUGCACAGUCCCAGCAGCAGCAGCACUACCACCACCAUCACCACUGUGAUGCUUCUGCUCCCUCUGCUGGGGACAGGAAUGGGCUGGUUGGGGGAGGAGAGUUGGAGGAAGGUGAGGAUCAGGAGUUGGAAAGGGAAGAGGAGUCCUUGCUACUUCUCUCCAGAUCCUUGGCCUCUACCUGCAGUUUGCAAAAAUGCUCCAUGAGUCCCCAUACAGACACUUCCUGGGGCCCCCAGCAGGUGAAGGAGGAGAAAGGGGACCUCACAAUACGAUAUGUUCGAUACGAGUCCGAGCUACAGAUGCCAGACAUCAUGAGACUGAUCACCAAAGAUCUGUCUGAACCCUACUCCAUUUACACUUAUAGGUAUUUUAUCCACAACUGGCCUCAGCUUUGCUUUUUGGCAAUGGUAGGUGAUGAGUGCGUAGGUGCAAUCGUCUGCAAGUUGGACAUGCACAAAAAGAUGUUUCGUAGAGGUUAUAUAGCCAUGUUAGCGGUGGAUUCCAAAUACAGAAGAAAAGGCAUAGGUACAAACUUGGUUAAGAAAGCUAUUUACGCCAUGGUAGAAGGAGAUUGUGAUGAGGUUGUCCUGGAGACUGAGAUCACGAACAAGUCUGCAUUGAAACUUUAUGAAAAUCUUGGCUUUGUGCGAGACAAGAGGUUGUUCAGAUACUAUUUAAAUGGAGUUGAUGCAUUGCGUCUUAAACUUUGGCUGCGUUAAUUGGAGGACUUCUCAACAAACAUGGCAGCAGCAUCUUUUGCAUUCAAUGCAAUUUGUGUGGAAUUGCUUUGCAGUUGGACAUAAUAACUUCCAUACAGCUCUUCUUUGUGAGUGUCUCAUCGAGCAUUGCACCUAAAUUGUUGCACUGUGUGGCAUGGCGCAUCUUGUUCUGAAUUUACAACAGGUUGUUUCAGACUUCAAACCCUCUUGGUAACCAGGAAGAUGUGCCAAUAGGUAGCCAAGAGCUCCUCUUUUCAUUUGCAAGUCUACUGACUCCUGUUAUAUAAAUGGUGAACAUUUUAUCAAGAACCUGUGUAUACAGAACACAACCUUUUUUCUUUCUUUUUUUUUUUUUGUUUGUUUAAGAGAGAAAGAAAAGCCAAUGUAAUUGUAAAAUUCUAUAAGUAUACUAACAUUUCAUACAAAUCUCACCAUAGUUGUUUUUUUCCCUGGGGAAAAUAAAAAUUACUUCAAUUUUAGGUUUUAUUUUUCAAUAUUGAAGUUUCCAUUCUUAAAUAUUGGUACCUCAGUGAUUAGUGGAUGAAAAAAAUGUAUUGUAGGGUGGGGUGUGUGUUACAUCGAGUAACGGUAACAAUUAAAUUGCGUCUGCCAGUGCCUGUAGAAAUACGUAUAUUUGUCUCCACUGCUAAUUUGAGUGCAUGCUUUCUUUUCUUGAUUUUUUUUGUCUUUGCAAGAAUGGCUUUUAUUUAAAUUCUGGAUUUGAUAAUAAAUUAUUUCAUUUAUCAUUUGGACAGAACUCCCAUGUGAGGGCUUAAGAAGCCCUUGUCUUACAGUAAAAAGUCUAAGCUAUUUUUUAGAAGAACAAUUUUGAGUAGCUGCUAAAAGGGAGUCUGAUGCACUUUUUCCUUUAAAGAGAGUGAGGGAUCUUUUUAAAAAGCAAACAACAAAUUAAUGUAAUCUGAAUUAACUUUUAUUUAAUUAGAAUUAUCACUAGAAUAGCUAAAGAACCAUUAUUUUUAAACAGUUGAAUGAAUUUAAAUUCUGCUUGGACUCAUGCUUAUCUUCCAUGUUUUAAAAAUGCUUUGGUCUUUAGUUCUUGGUCUUGAAAAUGAAUUUCAAACCGCAAUACCAUGUUUGUUCUUCAGCUGCUUUCACUUUAUUUUUUAUUUUAGAAAAGCCAAAUCUCUUGCAGUUUUAAUUUUUUUCUGAAUCAUUUGACAGAGGAGUGUCCAAAGGUUGGUUUUAAGUUCUUCCCUCUUUUUAAAAUCUACUACAUGAGCUUGUAUUCUUUUUCACCAGUUACACUGUGUACUUCUGUCUGUCAGUGCAAUAUGUAAAGCAAAUCACUUCUUUUUGGCAGUUCAGCAAUGACAGCAUUAGUAUAUAAUAUAUAAAAGCAAAACUUAAGAUUGAUCCCAAGUAACUCAUGGGAAAAAAAUCUUCUAUUGAUAGGAAACCCUUCAGAAUUCAAGUUUGCCUUACUAUGUAAUAUGUUAAGUUCAAUCGAUCAUUUUAUAAAACGGUUUAAGUUACUGUAAAUUUGAGAGGACUUUAUCUCUAGUCCCCCUCUGGAGAAGAAUACCCAUUCUGGAUAGUUUAGCAAAUUUAAAGGAAGGCCAUCCUUAUUUUGCACAGUCUGAGCAUCUCCCCCACUAUGUAUAAGUUGUGAAUUGUAUUUGGGAAAAAAUAAAGGAUUUUAAUUUAAAACUG